AUGCCUGCCAUCCGAGCCGAGCAACACCAUCGGGGGGCACCCGCCCCCACCACCGCCAUCGGCUUGGCGGCAAAGGCCGUCGGCCUUUCCGUAGCAGCAGGCAUCCUGCUUUUUGGCGGCGGCGCUUUGGCCCGGGAGCAGGUGGCAGAGUUUGCAACCAGCGGCCUGAUCUUCAAAGAUACUGUGCGUAUCAUUGAGCUGGAUGACGAGCAAGUGGAUGGAGUUGUGGUGUACCUGACCGACUACAACCGCAGCAUCACCGAGCGCCUGGCCAAGGCAAGCCGCGACCCUUUCUCCGACCCCUCGCAAGCAUCGCUGACCUGCGUUGCUAGAGGGCCGGUGACGGUGAAGAACGAGGCCGCCAUCUCAGGCAGCGAGGGAAAGCAAAUCUUUGCCGAGAGAAAAGCAUUGAACGUGUUCCAAAACAAGAACUUGCGGAUCCGGCGCAUCUACGACGAGAAGAACAAGGUGGUUAUCUAUGUGGCAUUCUCCACCCGCUUCACUGGAGUGCCCGUGUCUGCGCCAGCUCUCGUGCCAGUCUCCCAGGAGGCUGCGGAGCAGUGA